UGGCUGUGCUUACUCUCCUCUCAGAAGCCAUUUUGGACUCAGUUCAGUUUCUUGUAUGUCAAAUUCGGACCCUGUCCCUUGCCGUUCUCGGUUUCAGAGAGGAAAAGGUGAACGUACACCACGAAGAACGACUAUCCGACACCUGUAUAAUUAGAACUGAUUAGUUUUUUGUUUUGUUCGUCAUUCUGGAGUAGGUCGACCUUUUCCAAAUGGAUUUGUGUACAUUCUAAAGUUGUUAUAGCCCGUGCAAUUUUGUUGCAUUGGGGGCUGUACGCACAAAAGCAAGGCAAACUCUCGGUGCGGUGGACAUCGAAGGCCGUGGGUCAUUUGGCUCGUAGUGUUGUACCGAUCAUCUUGUUUAAAUGUUCGCGAAGGAAACGAGAUUACAAAGUGGAAAAUCCGGUGCGAUUUUUUUUCAAUAAAGGAAUAUGUUUGCCUCCUGGGUGACUUUUUCACUUCUUCUGGGAACUUUUUGUGCAGGACCCAGCCAUGGAGAGGUGGACACCCAUGAGUGCCUGUACUACAACAUCAACUGGGAGAUCGAGAAGACCAACCAGAGCGGGGCUGGAGCGCUGCGAGGGGGAGAAGGACAAGCGCUCGCACUGCUACGCUUCCUGGCGGAACAACUCCGGCACCAUUGAGUUGGUGAAGAAAGGAUGCUGGUUGGAUGACUUCAACUGCUACAACAGGCAAGAGUGUGUGGCCACAGAGGAGAACCCGCAGGUGUUCUUCUGCUGCUGUGAGGGCAACUUCUGCAACGAGCGCUUCACCCAUCUGCCCGACGUCAACGGACCAGCGAUCAAGCCCCCUCCCCCGAUCCCCUCGCUACUGAACGUGCUGGUCUACUCCCUGCUCCCCAUCACCAUGCUGUCUAUGGCCCUGCUGCUGGCUUUCUGGAUGUACCGCCACCGCAAGCCGCCCUAUGGCCACGUGGACAUCAAUGAGGACCCUGGCCUUCCUCCACCCUCUCCAUCGGUUUGUCUCAAACCCCUGCAGUUACUGGAGAUCAAAGCUAGGGGGCGCUUUGGCUGCGUGUGGAAGGCGCAGAUGAUGAAUGAGUAUGUAGCUGUGAAGGUCUUCCCUAUUCAGGAUAAGCUGUCGUGGCAGAAUGAGCGGGACAUCUUCUGUAUGGACGGGAUGAAGCAUGACAACCUCUUGCGCUUCAUCGCGGCAGAGAAGCGUGGGGCCAACAUGGAGAUCGAGUUCUGGCUCAUCACCGAAUUUCAUGAAAGGGGUUCCCUGACCGAUUACCUGAAGGGGAACGCACUGAGCUGGCAUGACAUGUGUCACAUUGCAGAAACCAUGGCCUGUGGCCUGGCCUACCUGCAUGAAGACGUGCCGCGCUGUAAGGGAGAGGGACCCAAGCCAGCCAUCGCUCACAGGGACUUCAAGAGUAAAAAUGUCAUGCUGAGAACCGACCUCACAGCGAUCGUUGGUGACUUCGGCCUGGCCGUGCGGUUUGAGCCAGGGAAGCCGCCCGGAGACACCCACGGACAGGUGGGGACAAGAAGGUAUAUGGCACCUGAGGUGCUGGAGGGAGCCAUCAACUUCCAGAGGGACGCCUUCUUGAGAAUAGACAUGUACGCCAUGGGCCUGGUGCUCUGGGAGCUGGCGUCGCGCUGCAAAGCAGCCGAUGGCCCUGUAGACGAGUACGUGCUGCCUUUCGAGGAGGAGAUUGGGAAGCACCCGUCCCUGGAGGACCUUCAGGACGUUGUGGUCCACAAAAAAAUGCGGCCAGUGUUCAAGGACUGCUGGCUUAAACACGUUGGCCUGGAGACGUUGUGCGAGACGAUAGAGGAGUGCUGGGACCAUGAUGCAGAGGCCCGUCUCUCAGCUGGCUGUGUUGAGGAGCGGAUCUCCCAGAUCCGCCGGCUCACCAGUGCCACUACCUCGGACUGCCUGGUUUCUAUGGUGACUUCGGUCACUAACGUGGACUUGCCACCCAAAGAGUCCAGUAUCUGAGUCCUACCCUCCUUUCCUUUUUUCGUCUAUGACACAGAAUUCAAAACAACAUCAACAAAUGGAAAAGACAUACCAUGAAACAUUGUGAGGCAAGCAAGCAAAAUGAAACAACCUUCGUCUUUCCAGACUCAGCGGAUCUCAGACAACAACAUGAAUGCAGCUGCUAUUUUAUCCGACAUUUUUUAAUUUUUUCUUUUCUGAUCGGAUCAAUAUUACCAGCACACUUCUCUACUGUAUUUUUAUGAAGAGAGGAAAAAAAGAAUAAAAAAAAACAGCAAAUGGACAUCUCAAAGCGCAUUCAGGUGCCGACUUAUGAAUGCUGACAAGGUGCAGGUACCUCAACCUCUUCAUUUCAGUUCAUUUUUCUCUUUUUUUUAGUUUAUAUCUAUUCCUAUUUUUCUGUCUUCUGUACAAGAUUGCCUGUGACAACCAACAAACCAAGCAACCAUCUACCAUGUUGGACAAUACAAUAAUGCUGCAAAACCUUGGAGGAACAUUUAAGACUGUUACACACAACUUUCCUCAAGGGAUUUUUUUUGUUUGUUUCUGAACAUUUUUAUUUUUUCCUGACAGCAUGUGCUAUACAAAACUACGGUAAACGUGUCUUUUUACGGAACUAACGGGUGUCACUAGAACACAGAAAAAGUUGGAAGACAAGACUAAUUUCUUUUUUAUUGUUUUGGUUGUGUGGUGUGAAGACUGGGAUGGGAUUAGCGAGGGAUUGGAUGAAGGUCAUUUCUUUUCCAUGACAAAAGGCUUAAAAGAAAUGUUCAAGCUAGUUAAAAAGAAAAUGGCUUGCAUUUAGAGUUUGGCUAGUGCAGUGUCAGGGACAGUGCAUCUUAUUUGGUACGGAACUACUUCUCAGGUAACCAGUCUCAAGGGGGAUGUGGGGGUUACGUCUUUUUAACGUCGUGUAGCGAAAGAAGGCCGACCCUUCAGGCAUGAGGAGUUAGGCAGGGGAGGGGGCUACCUGAUGACUUCUGUGGCUCAGUUAGCCCCAUGGGUUGAUGAGCCAGACUGGAAGUUGAAGGUGCCCAGUAAAUUAGAACACUAAAAACAACUAAAACAAUAUGUGCAAGACCAUGGUGAGGAGGGUUGGCUGUGAGUGAGUGAGUGAGUGAGUGAGUGAGUGAACGAAUGUAUGCGAAAGAGUCUGAACAAGGAAGUGGGAAGACGACCAUGAAACAGGUGUCGGCCUAGAUGGCUGUCAGCAGAUAAAUGUGUCAUGUUGGCUUUUACUUAGGUUUUUUUAUUCGUUUUGGUAUGUUUUUGUCCGCGUUUUUUCUUUUUCUUCAAUCCAGAAUACAUUUUGGAUGUCGGGAGUUAAGGACCUAGAUUCUGACAACAGAGGCCAGCCUCAUUCCUCAUAAAAGCCUGAAUCUUCAACUAGUGUUGGACAUGAAGAUGGAUUCCAGUACAUGCAUCUUGGCCGGGUCCCUUCGUAUUUUACCUCUUUCUCACAGGGACCAAAUUUUUAGUUGCGACCUCAAUGGUCCUGAAUUGUAGAGACAUCUCCACAUGGCAAUGGAUGAGACAGAGAAGAAGAAGAAGAAGAAGAAAAAAAAGAGUUCAAACUUCACUUCAUGACUGAAUGGCCACCUUCUAUUUGAAUAAGAGGAGAGAAAAAGAGAAGGAAAAAAAGAAAACAAGGAUCAUUAUUGUUCUUUGUCUUAAACCUGGCACGUGAGAAACCACAUUUCUGUAUGCCAUAAUGUAACAGUGAAUGUCCACAAUGCUGCUGUUUCAACUCAAAGAUGAAUAUAUUUCUAUAUAUAUUCCUUUUUUUCUGUGCAUUACACAUACAAUUCUCAGUAGAAACUGCAUACAAAUGCAUAUAUUUGUCAACAGAAAUGUCAAGGCUUCCGAGGUGAACCAGAACAUCAUAAAACAAUAAAGUCUAGAACUGAAAGAACCGAACGAAAACAAUAAAGUCUAGAACUGAAAGAACCGAACGAAAAAUGCUAAAAAAAAAACUAAAAACUAAAAAAAAAACACCAGAUAAUUCUUCAUGAACCACAGACCACCUCAAACCAGAAAUACCUCAGAUUUUUCUAUGUGUAUGACUUCUGUUAUAUAUUUUGUUAGUUGUGUUCACUUGUAGUAAGUAUAUUUUAAUGUAAGUUGGCUUUUAUGAUUAGGGAGUUUUGGAAACAUUAAAAAAAGUCCAAAAUCUUUUAAGAAGUGCUACAAAGUUAUGUUGCAUUAUGUGAGAGAAAUCAUGUAAAUAGCUGUAUACAACCUUCGAAUUCUGCCUGUUGAUGACACCUGGGCAUUAUUCAUUAUCUGUGCUGGCUGUUUCCUCUAACGUUCUUUUACUGUCUGUACCUACAAGGGACAUUGAACCUUGAUCUGUUUGGCUAUAAAUCAACUAUAACAAAAAAAUCUAAAAAUCUCCUCAGAUUUGCGCCCCCCCCCCCUCCUAUCUCUCCUUACUGUAGCAUAGUAUUUUAUUUGCACAACCCCAAAAUGCUGUCCCUUAUUCUUGUCAUUUGUUUCCUUAAAUGACAUUCUCUAAAAGCAUACUUAUGAAUUGGCAUGAAGGCAGAGUGGCUCUUUCAUUGCUUAACUCACACAAAGUGACCUCACCAAAUUUACCAUUGCUAAAAAUUCUUUGGUUAAAUACCAGCUCUAGUCUUUAAAAAAAAAAAAGAAAAAAAAAGAUGAUUGAUUCUUUGACAGAGCUGGUUGUUCCAAAAGGGAGGGCAGUAAGUCAAAGGUUUGGCGUCCCACCCCUCCGCUGUCCCUGGCGCAUAGAUAGGCUACGCGAGGCUCUGCAGCGGCUGCUUCCGACACCCAUCUCACCCCAAACGAAGAGCUUUAAUUUAUUCUUCAUGGUGCCAUGUGUUAGCUCUGGGUUCUGCACCGCCGCCACCCGAUGCGUAGUAGAGCAUAUGCUGUAUUUGUGAACGGUGACAGAAUAGAUUGAUAGUCAGAAGUCCUUGAAUCUUUGGUCAUCAUGGAGCCCUGUUUCGGCGUCCUACUUCCGGAUGGAUGCGUGGUUAGUUCGGCCCCGGGGUACUAGAGCUGUUUUGGCUUCAUUUGCUGUGAGAAUGCUUUAGUAGGUCUUCAUUUCAACUCCGAAAAGAUGAUGAAAAGUUUGAAGCCCUUCCCCAAUGAAGCUUAUUGCCAAUAAGUGAAAGGAAAGGAAUUGCCCCCACUGCCAAAGUAGUUUAAUUUGCAAAGGCGUUUCAUUAUGAUACAGUAUACUAGGGUACCAGUUUUCUAAAAGAAUCAAAAGCAUUUGUUUUGGUCGUUGGCAUAAUUCGCUCUACCAGUGCCCUCAGAAGAGUCUCCGCUCUUGGCCCCUGUUUCUGCUGACUGGUGCUUUGAAUAGUUGCCAAUUGUGACAGACCACGUAGCAAGCAAUAUCUUCUGAAAUCGAUUUCUGUUGUUUUCUAAACGGAGUGUACUCAGAGGUACUGUGAGAUCCUUUAGCAACCAACCAAAUCCACUGUACUUCAGGUGUGCUGUGUCUUGAUUACGUCCGGAUGGUUCUGAUGUAUGUCAGUCCUUGUUAAUGUUUUGGUGAUUUGUUGAUGGAUUUGUUUCCAUUUAAUCGAUUACUGACAUCAUUUUGUGUAUCAUUUGAGAAGAUGUAGCCAAAAUCCUUGCAUUUUUUAAAUCUGCAAGAGGGUAACCAAAGUCUUCUGUCUGUCUGUUUGGAAGAGAGGUUGAUCUCUGUGCCCUCUCUUUGAAGCUCCUCAUAAAUUUGCAAAAUGAUUCAAUUGGCAUCAAAGCGUCCAUGAAAGUCAUGUGAGACCUCUUUCAAGAUGAUGGCUGUAAGAUUGUAAGACGAUUAGCUCAUCAGUAUUCAAAUCUCCUAUGCUCAUUUAGGUAACUCCAUCAGCUCAGAGACACCUAAAUGUUUAUAUUAAGUAAAAAAGAAACUCAGACAUGAUUGGCUGUACUAAACAACUGUGCUGGUUUAAGUCACCCACGUUACAAAUUUGCUGUUACACAUGGUCAGAAAUAUCUUAUUUACACAAGGCUGAGCUAUGUUACUAUGUAUUAGCAAUACUGACUGAGGUUGUAUGGUUUUCCGUGGCAACGGAAGAGACCUGUAUUUCCCUGGUGUUUCAUCAUAUUUCGGUUUCCCCCCUGUUAUGCCAAAAGGAAUAGUCCUCUCUGUGAAUUGAGAUGUGCUGAGGUUAGGGUUUGGGAUAAUGUAUCUUUUCAACAUGACAGGAGUCGUUCCAAAAAUGUUUUUAGCUUUAGUGCUGCAAAUGUAGAUGUGCAAGUACAGAGCAGACGUGCCCGUGAGACGGGGUCCAUGUUGACCAAGAUGGCCUCUCCGGAGGAUGAAAUGCAUCCAAUAUCAGCAACAGUCCAAACCUCUGACUAGCCGGAGGUGUUCUGAUGUUGUGCCUUUGUUUUCUUCAUCACAUCCCAUCACAUCACUGAAGCAGCCUCUGCAAAAGCCUCGCCCUUGUUGUUUUGCUUCCUCUCUUGUUGUUCUUGUCAUAGUACCACAAAAAGUUUUAAAAAAAAAAAGACAAAAAAAAACCCACCAUAUAUAAUAUAAAUCUCUAAAAAGUGACCAGCUGUAAUUCUGGAUGCAGUCUUAGAUCCAGGUUUUCAGGAACCAAUUACCUCAGACCUCAUGUGAAAACAGUGUUGCUAGCUGGAUAGUCGUAGAUACUAUGAUUAAGUGAUGUACACUUUCGUCUUACGAACAGGAAAACCUCUUUUGUACUGGUGUAACAUAUGACCAUGCACCCCUUGACAAUGUGAAAACCUCUUCCUCAUUGAGCUUCUGACCUCUGACCUCUGUUUGAGAUGACAGAAAUGGUACUGGAUGGUAGGCUUCUGGGCGUUCCCUGUGAGUCUGAGUCACCAUGAAAGGGAUUUACAGAAGGACGCCGAGAAGCAAAUGCAACAUGCAACUGGCUCUCAGAGAUUAUCAAUUGGCUCAACAAAAAAAUGAAACGCUAACAAAACAACCAAAUGGGAAUUUGUGUCCGGGAAUUAGAAACUUUAAGGGACAGGUCAAAAAAAAUGUAAAGACAAAAUUAUUCCCUCAUGUUCACUUUGGCAACAAGCUUCUCUUUUUGAUUUUUUUUUCUUUGAAUAUGUUGGUCUCAUAUGUGCCAUUCACACCAAUGUAUCCUUAUCAAGUAUUUCCCAAUGUAAGCUAUUGUUUUGACUGCACAAUAGAAAUCUGAAGCAAACAUACAUGGAUAAGUGGAUGAUUUAAUAUAUUACCUCAGUUAAAUCAGUUAAUUCAGUUCAGGUAUCAAAAACUGUUCUUAUCAUAGCAGUUGCUACACAGUACUACUUCCGUGGCCUCACACAACUUCUGGAAUGUAUGAUACCUGGAAUUCUCUUUAUUUGGCCAAUGUCCCCAUCAGUACCAUGUUUUUGUCCAAACGGGUCUUGGUCACCAUAGAAGGAUACUGGAAGAAAUCAGUGGCCUCCUAGAAUGAUACCAGUGACUUUGCAACCACUUUGAGUAAAAAUGCUGUAUUCCUCUGUAUUCACAGAUACACGGUCUUUGUUUUUUCUAUUAGUCUUCAGGUCUCAUGUCACGGUCCAUAUUGUGUUGGCCAAGACGGUUCCAAAGGAGGUUUUCUUUCUUGUCUUGUCAAGGGGUCAUAUUUAAAGUGCUGUUUCUAUACCAGGAUAUGUGAAAUGUAAAUGUUGUAGGGUAUGUUUCACUAUUGUAGCUAAAUUGUAGAACAGAGACGGCUUGUACUACUGAUUUUAACAUAAAUAUACUAAAAAAAAAUCUGUAUGAGACAAAAUUGUAUACAGAGUUGAGCUUGUUGCUGUAACCCCUCUUUCAAUUGAAGAGUAUGUUAAAAGAGAAAAAAAAAAGGUUUUAUAUAUAUGAAAUGCCCAGGAAAAAUCCAACAUCCAUUGUAUUGCUGAGUUGUAUGAACUGAGGACUUUCUGAACGAUCAUUGUAACAUAGUUCUUUAAUUUGCAGUGGAUCAUUGUUCCUUUUUACUGUGGUAAUUAUUUUAGAGCUCAGUAUCCAGAGUUUGAGAUAGAUUUGCCUAGAUUUCGGGAUGUGGUUGUUUCAGCUCUGCUCUGGCGCCAGAUUAAACCAGUAUGAAUGUAGUAUUUGCCCAGUGUGAAACAACUACACCCUGACUGUUAGAGAAAAAAAAUACUAGAAAGGAUUAUUUCAAUUUUAUCUUUUUGUAUAUGAAAGUAAACAAUAAAAUACUGAUAAAGCAUUUCUUUAUCAUGUGUUUCCUCUU